AGUGAGCUGGACGAGUCGCUGACGUUGCUGCGAGCCGCCGAGGGCUCGUCCGCCAGGGACAGCCUGUGCUCCGCCGAGGAGUCGGGCGAUGAGGCGAGGCUGCUGCCCGACUCCUUUGACGCCGACAUCAUGCACGUGAUGGGAUUCGCGCACGCCGAAGGCUCCGAGGGCGCGCCCGAAGCCGCGUCGGGGGCGAGGGCGAGAGACUCGCACAGCAACCACGUGCGCUAUCUCCUCGACAACGACAAAGAGUACUUGGCGUCCCUCGACCAGAUGCUCAAUGACUACCGGGAGAUGUACAAGAAGACGCCGCCCCACAUCAGGCAGCACUUCGACCUCGUCUUCAAGCAAGUGGGGCUCAUAAACGCCUUUCAGCUUCUCCUUCACGACGCCAUAAAGGAAGCUUCGAGAAACCUAACUCUGCUGGCCGAAGUGUUCCAAAACGUGCAGUUCGAAGUUUACAGAAGAUACAUGAUAAUGACGCCGGCGGUUCAAAAGGAACUGUACCGCUACUCGUCUCAUUUCGACGAACACUUUCCGAAUUUGAAGAGAAAUAUCCUCAAGCCGUCCAUGCGACUCAAUUUCUACGCCAUGGCGCUGCACGGCCUCAAGAAACACGGCACCGAAAGCGAGAAAACGAAACUGCAGCUGUCCAUCGACUUCCUGAACCAGCUCAAGCGCCAGGCCAACACGGAGAUCACGCUGGCCGCCGUGGUCAACAGCCCCGUCGACCUGCGGCUGGGGGGCGACAUGCUCUUCAUCGGCGAGCUCUCCUGUCUGAGCGGAGGAACUCUCCAGAAGAAGAAAUAUAGCAUGAUACUCUUCGAAAACAUGUUAGUCAUCGUGACGCCCAAGAUGUCCUAUUUCAAGUAUAAGAUUCACUACAGAUCAGAGCAUCUUUAUGACGUAGAGCCUUUUGGCCCCAACGAUUUCCUUCUGUCUGUUCUGUCCGAGGGGCAGUUGCAGAUUGUGCCACUCAAGUUUAAAGCAAAGAGCACAGCCUUGCGGGAUCAAUGGGUUGUCGAACUGCAAAAGACCAUUUCAAAAAAUAAACCGUCACCAUGCGAGAAUUCGCACUCGGAGAUCAUUUCAGGGAAUACAUUUGGCCUCCUCAUGCCGCUGAGCCUCUUCUCAGUGUAUCCUCAGCUCAGAAUAACGUUAGAGGAUAACCGAGCAUCUGAAGAUACCAAGUCCAUUGAGGAGUCCUGCCAGAAUCUGAUCCAAAUGGAAAAGCUUUUCAUCAGGCAACUGUCGAUGCUGUUGUACCCGGAGGUCCUCCCGCCGCCCGAGAGCCUGCACACCCUUCUUGGAAAGUUCCUUAGUGUCUAUAGUACAAACAUCCUCCCGGCGCUUCAGCAGGCGCUAGAAACCAGCACUCAUGAAUUGCUGUCAUGUCUCAUGCGGAAACUGGACAACAUGGAGAUCUAUUCAGAUUAUCUUCUUAUAAGAAGUCAGCUCACACUUCGGCUCGACAGGGACAUUCACGCGAAGCUGUACAUCUCUCCCGUGCAGCACCUGGAGUGCUACAUCCUCUGGCUGCGGGAGGUCGCCCUCGACGACAAGUACCGCGAUAUCGCCCAGAGGAUUGAGAGGAGGCUGUAUGACUACGUAAUGAACGCGCAAAUCCGACUGCUGACGGAGACCAUCAGGAACGGCCGCGUGGACUUCCGCAGGAGCGGAAACCUGAUCCGCAAAGACGCCGUGGACGUGAGGACACGCAAGAAGGGCGUCCCCUUCGGCACGUACCAGGCGCUGCUGUUCCAGAAGGUGAUCAUCCUCACCAAGCCCAAGCCGCCCUUUUACGACUACAUGUGGGACAUCUGGCUUGACCAGGUCAACCUCGGUCCGCCCUGCAGCGACGCCGCCGGCUUCAAGCUCGAGGUGCGCCAGGGCGGCGGCAGGGACCCCGUCACGUACGAGUUCCACACCGCAAGCGAGCGAGUGAAGCAGGAGUGGAUUCGAUGCCUCCAGCAGGAGCUCGUCCUUCAGGCUGAGAAAAUUCGGCGUCGCUCAGCGUCGCAUUUCUGAGACGGACAGCGAGCAGAUAGUGAGUUCCGGAGGCAAUGAAGCAGACAGUGGGUUCCAGAAGCAGGCAAGCAGGCAGUGGCUUCCGUAGACAAGCAAGGAAGUAGUGGGUUGAAAGCAGGUGAUAUUAGAGUAAAGGUUGUUGACCCACGUCCGGCUCGAUGGACAACCGCAUCACAGCAUUCUGCAAUGCAGUCACAAUGUAAAUAAGAACGAGUGGAGAGGAGAGAGAAAAAACUUAUUGAGGUUUUGUUAUGAUUUCUUUUUUUCACACAGAUAAAUGACACACUCACACACACACAAAGGCGAGAGAGAGCGAGAGAGAGAAGAGAGGAGAGAGAGAGAGAGAGAGAGAUGAGAGAGAGAGAGAGAGAGAGAGAGAGAGAGAGAGAGAGAGAGAGAGAGAGACAGACAGACAUCUUAAACAUUCUAAUGUAAACAGAAGGUGCAAAUAAAUGUGAAUGUAUGUUUUAAGAUAAUAAAUAUGCAAUACCUAGGUAUUUAGAUAUGUA